AUGGCAACAGCCGAAGGACUGUUCGGCCAUGUUGGCGAGUUUAAUUCCGAACGAGAGAAAUUCAAAUCCUAUGUGGAAAGAAUGGAAAUGUUUUUUACGGCAAACAAUGUUGUAGAGACACCAGGUGAAGCAAAUGUAGUGGCUAAUCAAAUUGUCAGUGACAGGAAACGUGCCAUUUUUCUAACUGAGAUUGGACCGGAUGUAUAUUCCACAUUAAGUAAUUUAUUGGUGCCAGCGAAGCCAAAAGACACGUCUUUGACUAACAUAGUUCAAGCACUAGAGAAGCAUUUUAACCCAGCACCGUUGGAGAUUGCUGAAAGUUUUCAUUUUGGGACACGUAUAGUCAAAAACCUG